AUGUUGAAGAUUAUUCGUGUUCUUCCCCCUGUUGUUCCUAGCAGUCAAGUGAAAGCAAACUCCUCAACAUGGGAGGCAUCGGGUGAGACAUUAAACAAAAUUAACCAUGAAGUAAUGACUGUUGACCCUGCACUUGUAUUAACCAUCCAGGUUAUGUUGACUGACUUUGGGGUAGCAAAGCAAUUUGAUGAAAGCACAAGGUUAAAUUCCAUGUGUAGGACAUUAGAAUAUAUGACACCUGAAAUUGUACAAGGAAGGGGCCAUGAUAAUGCCGCUGAUUGGUGGAGUGUUGGAAUUUUAAUGUAUGAAAUGCUUACUGGAAAGAAUUUCAUUGGUGCUCCAACAUUUUUUCCAGGUAAACCCAUCUGGCCAGACCUCUGCAUUGCCUCUUACAAGGUAGAUCACACUUGCUUGGCUAAAUGUUAUUUUGUAUGCUUUCAAACUUGUCUUCUUCCUGAAUUCUUUUUCUUUCUAUCAUGGCAACCUUCAACAGUAGUUUUGGACCGGCACCUUCUUGCAAAAGAUAUCGUGUACGUGUUCUUCUGCUGCUAUUGUGGAUUCGAGAACAUCCUUGCUUACUAG